UUAGAUCUAAGUAUCUAACUCACUUCAGAAUUGUGAGCCAGACAGAGAGAGCGCUUUACAGGAGUAUCUCUGCAACAAAGCUUGAAGAUUUCUUUUCCAGACAGAAAAAGAUAAAAGAAGGAAAGAGAAGCAAAACAGCUACAAGACUGGGUAAUUAUUCAGAUAAAAAUUUUAUCUUUCUCGUUCGUUAAUGGCAACUUAAUAAGAAUCAGUUAUUGCUGCCUGUUGAUAAGGCAAAUCAGUAAAUCACACUGGCAUUACCUAUUUCAAAAAUUAUUCAUUUUCAUGGGUCAUCACCACAACCAUAAUAGUACUGAUGGCGUUUCUCAGAGAGUUAAUAGCCCUCGUUUCUCGGGCUCUAUGACUCGCCGGGCUCACUCGUUUAAGCGUAGUAACACUUCCUCGUCCACUUCCCCCCGCAACAAUAAUGGCAAUACCCAUAAUACCCAAAUCUGUAGUACCAAUACUACCACUAGCAGCAGUAAUAGUCACGAAAUUGAUUUACAAGUUAAUUCGCCUAGAUCUGAAUCUGUUGAGGUUUUUGAAAGGCAAACUCACCAGUAUGUCACACAGAGAGUUCAUGGUGGAGUCGUCAAGAGCUUGUUGAAUAAAAAGGGAGGUUUUGGAUCUGCUGUGGCGGAGUUGGGGUUGAGAGAGAAGAAGAAGUUGGGGCAUUUGAUGUUCUUUGUGUUUUGUGGCGUGUGUUUGUUUCUGGGUGUUCUCAAGAUUUGUGCCAAUGGAUGGUUUGGAUCUGCCCUUGACAGAGCUACCUUUGAUCAGGAUUUACUUGAUUCCACAACUCAAAUGCAUGACAUUUCUCGAAGUUCUCAAGACUCUAGUGCUUAUGGGUAUGGCAAGGGAGAGGUUGAUACAGAGCGACGCCUGGCGAUGGUAAAAUCAGGCAUUGUUGGUGAAUUCUCAGGUAUCUGGUCCAAACCCAACAGUGAGAAUUUCACUCAGUGUAUUGGCCAGUCAAAGAGCCAGAAAAAGCUGGAUCCAAAGACAAACGGUUACAUUCUUAUAAAUGCAAAUGGUGGCUUAAAUCAGAUGAGAUUUGGGAUCUGUGAUAUGGUUGCUGUCACUAAGAUUAUGAAGGCGACGCUUGUUCUCCCGUCUCUCGAUCAUACCUCCUACUGGGCUGAUGAAAGUGGCUUUAAGGAUCUCUUCAAUUGGCAACAUUUUAUUGAAACAUUGAAGAAUGAUAUACACAUUGUGGAGGCAUUACCACCUGCCUAUGCUGCAAUUGAGCCUUUUAUGAAAACACCUAUAUCUUGGUCUAAGGUUAGUUAUUAUAAAACUGAAGUCCUGCCAUUGUUGAAGCAGCACAAAGUUAUGUACUUUACUCACACUGAUUCUCGGCUUGCCAACAAUGAUAUCCGAGAAUCCAUACAAAAGCUGAGAUGCCGUGUUAAUUACAGAGCAUUAAGAUAUUCUGAACCAAUAGAAGAGCUGGGAAAUGUCUUGGUGUCCAGAAUGAGAGAAAGUGGAAGCCCUUAUCUUGCUCUUCAUUUGAGGUAUGAGAAGGAUAUGCUUGCAUUUACUGGCUGCAGUCAUAAUUUGACGGCAGAAGAAAAUGAAGAGCUACGUAACAUGCGGUAUGAAGUCAGCCAUUGGAAGGAGAAAGAAAUAAAUGGAACAGAAAGAAGAUUGCUUGGUAGUUGCCCAUUGACGCCUAGGGAGACUUCUCUUUUGCUUAAAGGGCUGGGUUUUCCAUCCAGUACCAGGAUUUACUUAGUUGCUGGUGAAGCUUAUGGGAAAGGAAGCAUGCAAUAUCUUCUGGAUGACUUCCCUAACAUAUUCUCACAUUCCACUCUCUCUACAGAAGACGAGCUUAAUCCUUUCAAGAAUCAUCAAAACAUGUUGGCUGGUUUAGACUAUGUCGUUGCACUUCAGAGCGAUGUAUUUGUAUAUACGUAUGAUGGAAAUAUGGCAAAGGCAGUUCAAGGUCAUAGGCGAUUUGAGGACUUUAAGAAGACUAUCAAUCCAGACAAGGUGAAUUUUGUGAAACUUGUGGAUGAGUUGGAUGAAGGAAAAAUAUCUUGGGAGACAUUCAGUUCUGAAGUGAAAGAACUUCACAAAGAUCGAAUCGGAGCUCCAUAUCAAAGGGAGCCCGGAGAGUUUCCAAAGCUGGAGGAAAGUUUUUAUGCAAAUCCCCUUCCAGGAUGUAUUUGUGAAAGAACACCUGAAAAGUAGAGUAUAUAGGCAAGUAUUGAAAUAUUUGAUGGUGUGAGCUCAACUGCUUGCGAAAAAUUGCAUGCUACCAUUUUUCCACACACUAUCAUGGAAAGUGGAAAUCUUAAACAUUUGCAACCAAGUGAGAAUUGUUUUACUGUUUGAAGAAGUUCCUGAUUUCAGGGAGAAAAAUCUCAGGGAGGACAGCCAAUUCAACAAGGUCAUUCUUGCAACAUAGUAUAUACUGGUGAUCGCGGACAGGUUUAUACACCAUUCUUAUAGUGUUACAACUGAAAAUGGACACAUGAAAAUGUUCUUUGUACUUGACUACACUUGAACACUUUAGGGAUUUUUGGUGGGUAAAAACAAAGAUUGGGAGGUGCUUCCUCUUCAACUAGGUUUACGAUGUUUAACUUACUAAUUUGAUUAGAAUGUUGGAUAUCAAUAAUAUGAAAAUAUCAUUCCAAAGAAA